UGUAUUCAAUUGGCUUGACAAAUGUCAAGAUUAGAGCGUUUUGUAUGUAUUUUUUGGGAGUCCAAAUAUGCCAAAUGAACCCCAAAUUAAGGCUCUACCACUAGGUUUGAAAGCAGAAUAAAUCACUUCGUAUGGGUAGUAAACUCAGCAGCCAGCCACAACAUUCUAAAUGGUUUUGAGGAGUGCAUCUCGCCAUCUUGGACCAGGGUUCGAUAAUUAGAGGGUUGGCUACACAAGUGGAAAUACUGAAUCACAAAGCUGUAGGGGGGUUUGUUGUCACAAAGAUGGAACUCAUUGCAAGAGAGCAUUACGGCUGGCUUUAUGGUUUUAGCUUGGGCAAUGGAGACUGAUCAGUUUGCCAGCGCUAGGAUUUUGGUAGAGUAUACAAGCUUGCCAAUACAGCUGUGUGAGGGAAAACAUACAGCAUACCAUCUGUAAGUCACUGUAAAAUACAAAAUCAAGAAAGGGAGAGAGAGGGGAGGGGGAGCCCAUCUAUCAUAUCAUCCCAAGGACGUAGAAUCCAAAACCUUUCCCAAUAAACCUGUAGUUAAUUUCCUUCAACCUCUACUCAUAUAGUAAUAUACAACCAAAAAAAAUGACCGACACUGUUACCGCCGCUUCCGCCACCCAUAUCUUAGUCUUUCCAUACCCAGCUCAAGGCCACAUGCCUGCCCUGCUAGACCUGACCCAUCAAUUAGCUCUCAGAGGACUUAAAAUUACAGUCUUGAUCACCCCAAAAAAUCUCCCUGCCUUAACCCCACUACUCUCAACCUACCCAACUUCCAUCGAUCCCUUAGUCUUACCCUUUCCUCCUCACCCUAAACUUCCUCUAGGGGUAGAGAAUAUAAAGGACAUCGGCAAUUCUGGUAAUGCGCCCGUCACUGCUGCACUUAGCAAGCUAAAAGGAGAGGUCAUUCAGUGGUUCCGGUCCCACCCAUCGCCCCCUCAGGCUAUAAUCUCUGAUUUCUUCCUCGGGUGCACCCAAGAUUGGGCAACACAGCUAAACAUACCUAGAAUUGCAUUUUUUACAUCCUCUGCAUUUUUGACCUGUAUACUUACCCAUCUAUGGCAGGACUUGGGAAAACAAAAUAUUUCAAAUAAUUUUGAAUUUUCAGAUCUACCCUCGUCGCCUUCUUUUACUCUGGACCAGUUACCAUCUAUAUUUAGAAAGUUCAGGGAGGAUGAUCCCGAUUGGGAGAUUGUUAAGGCAGGCCUGCAUGCAAAUUCCAAGAGCUGGGGAAAUGUUUUCAAUUCUUUCUACGACUUAGAAGGGGAGUAUAUAAACCACAUAAAAAAGGAACUGGGUCAUGACCGUGUAUACAGCGUUGGCCCGUUAAGCUUAAUAGGCUUAUCCAAGAGGGUUAACCCGGGUUUUAAUACCAGAUAUGAUGUACUCAACUGGCUUGAUACAUGCCCUAGUGAUAGUGUGCUGUAUGUAUGUUUUGGAAGUCAAAAGCUGCUGACAGAACCUCAAAUCAGAGCUCUGGCUUUAGGUUUAGAGCAAAGCAAGACCCGGUUCAUAUGGGUGGUCAAGUCUGCCUCAAGUCAAAAGGUCCCAGAUGGGUUUGAGGAGCGGGUGUCUAAUCGGGGUAUGGUGCUAAGAGGUUGGGCACCACAAGUGGAGAUACUGAACCAUAAAGCAGUAGGUGGGUUCAUGAGUCACUGUGGGUGGAACUCAGUACUAGAGAGUGUAAUAGCAGGAGUGAUGAUCUUAGCUUGGCCAAUGGAAGCCGACCAAUUCCAAAAUGCCAAGCAGUUAGUAGACUAUGCAGGGUUGGCAAUUCAGCUAUGUCAAGGCGAACACAUGGUGCCUAAUUCGGAUUCGUUGGGUCAAAUCAUAUAUGAGUCAAUUGGUCAACAAAUACCACAGAAGGCAGGGGCUAGGGCAAUGAGGGAGAAGGCAUUAGAAGCGGUGAGAACAGGUGGAAGUUCAGCAGUUGGCCUUGAUGAGCUGGUGAGAGAAUUGAACCAGCUUGGAGUACCAAAACCUUAAAAAAGAGGCUGCUACAGUAAGAUAAUUAAACAGUCAUCAGUUAUAAGCCUCUCAAAACUGAAGUACAAGCAGUCAUAAGCCUUUAUAAUUUAGGGGCCGUUUGGUUCGCACACAUUAAAUGGAAUGGAAUCAACAAAGGAAAAGGAAGAGAAAGGAAAGCUAAUCCUUCAUUUUUGUAUUGUUGUUUGUUUUACAUAAACAAAGGGAAUCACAUUUGCAACCACCACUACUCUCCUCCUUCUACAACCACCACUACCCCUUAAAUCUACCCUUCACCAACCACCACCACCACCACGUUAGCCACCGCCCUCCUCACGACCUUCCACCGUCUCCCCUAUCGCCUGCCCUUGCCGCCACUGGUUCCCUCCCCUCUAUCGCCAUUAAUGUCCUCUUCUCUCUCAAUUUUUUUUAAAAAAUUUAUUUAUUAGCUAGAUCUAGUUGUUUGGUUGUUUAUAGGGUGUUAAGGAUUAUUUUUAGAUGUUUGUGGGUAACUUGGGGUGUUUAUGGAGAAAUAUAGGGUUUUUUUUGGGUGGUUUUGUGGUGAAUUUGGAGGUUUUGGAGAUAUGGGUGGUGGUUGUGUCGAAUUGGGUGAGGUGGUUCACAUGGAUGGGUUUUCGGGUGGGUUUAGGUCGAUUUGGUGCAAUUGUUUUCGGGGAGGGUGGAUUUAGGGUGGUUUCGGUGGGGUGGUUGUUAAGGAGGGUGGGUUUUUUCCGGUGGGUUUAGGGCGAUUUGAGAGGCCUGCCGGUGAAGUUGGGUCGGUUGAUGGUGGUGGUGUCAACGGUUGGGCAGUGGUUCUGGCGGCGGUUAAAUAAUGGUAAUGGCAGCUAAGGCGGCGGCUAUGGUUGUUGGGCGGUGCAUCUGGUGGCGGUUAAACAAUGGUGAUGGCGGCUAGGGUUCUGGGCGGUGGUUCUGAUUGUUGGGUAGUGUUUUCAAUGUUGGUGAAAGGUAGUUACAAGGUGGUCAUGGCAGUUGGGUGAAGAGGGAUUUGGGGGAAAGAGUGAUUCCCUAGGGGGGGUGGGGGAAUCAAAGUAGAGGAAAAUGGGGUAAUAAGAGGGGUAAAGGGAAUGAUUGAUUGUGUGUAACAAACAUCAUCAAAGGGAUUUAAGGUAGUUGAUUCCCUUUCCCUUUCUUGAAUACCCCCAACUAAACGGCCCCUAAUUAUAAUAAGGAUCAAGGUAGUAUUAAGAAGAAUAAAAAAAAAAGCCUUUGAGGCUGUUGCAGAGUUGAUGUAAGCACACAGGAUUAUCUUUGUGAAACUUUAUUUUUAUGAUUUUUCACGUGUGUGAUGAUGAGGUUUUCAGGCAUGCUAAAAAUUAUUGUUUUAUUAAUGACAUGCAGAUAACUGACGUUUGACAACCCUAUUGACCUGGUAUAAAAGCAGCUAAGAUGAAUACUGUUGUAACGAAGAGUAACUUUAAGAAUUUAUUCCACAAUUAAUCUUCAAAUGAGAGUUUCAUUUUUGUUUAGACCAGUAUGUACACUAAUACUUGCGGAUUGUUGCAAGAUAUAUAAUAUAUUGAAUGUAAUGCUUCAUACUCCCUUUUUUGGUCAUUGCAUAAUAAUAGCAGCUUUUCCAAUUUUGGAACGUUUUCACACUUUUGGACUUUUGUAUGCUGUCACACAUCAACACUUAUUGUUUAUAGUCAUUUAUUUUUGGCAGUUUUAUCAACAUUUAAUCUAUUGAAACCCCACUUUCUCUCCCCUUUGUAAUCACAUGGAAAUUUUUAAUAUCCCCCACAAUUUACUCCACUUCUCACCAACAAAGGUGCAGUUAGGAAAAAAAACAGAAGUGUAUCCAUAAUCUUCAAAUUUUAUAUAGCGUGUGAAUCCUAUGAACCUAUACACGUAA